GAGAACUUAAGUACGUUACUUAAUACUGCGCACUUCAUUCAGACUAUAGCUUCGUCAUAAUGAAAAUUCACCAUAGUAAACAGAUGCGCCCACCUGGUCUGUGGGAAUGAUUUUUGGAAUCUUGACAGUUUUUGGUAUUAUUUCCUUCACAAUAACCAAGUCACUUGAUGCUCUGUGGCAAGAAAGUUCAUGGGAUUCUACCUGGGAUACAUGGUGGCAUUACAAAGAAGGUGUAAUAGGAGGUCCAAGUAACUGGGGGCAGACGGCGCUCAUGGCUAUUACCAGUGACAUUUGGUCAGCUUGCUAUCAAGGAAAAAUGCAAUCACCAAUCAAUAUCUCUACAAAGCAUUUAGUAUUUGAUACUAAUUUGGAACCUAUAAAAAUACUAGGCUUAGAUAAACAGAUUGACGUGGAGAUAGUGAAUACUGGACAAGAUUUACAAAUGAAAUUUCUUGAUUCAACAACAAUAAUUAUAUUCAGUGAAGGACCAUUGGUAUAUGACUACAAGCUGUUUGGUGCUAUUAUAAAAUUUGGUUCAAGAUCAAGUCGUGGUUCAGAUCAUCAAAUUGAUGGUAUCGCGUUUCCGGCGGAGCUACAAUUAUAUGCAUUCAAUUACAUUUUAUAUCCAAAUUUUUCUGUUGCACUAUCUAAACCGAAUGGGUUGGCUGUAUUAUCUAUCUUCUGUCAAGUCGGUAUUCAGUCGUCAGCUGAUUUGGAAGCUAUAUUUUCUAUAGCAGAUCAUGUGCAGUUGAAAGGGAAGUUUAAAAAGCUUCAAGGUUUGUUGUUAGAAGGUAUAAUACCAUCAACUGUUCACUAUAUGACAUAUCAAGGUUCUUUACCUUUUCCUGCUUGUUAUGAAACAGUCACCUGGAUUAUACUCAAUCAACCAGUUAUAAUCACAGAAACACAGUUAAAAUCUCUUCGUCAACUUCGAAUUUCUUCAUUUCGGGAAUCUGGUAGAAUGGCUGAUAAUUAUCGAACAAUUCAGAAACUUAAUAACCGCUCAGUAAGAACAAAUAUCGACUUUAUACAGACUCAACCAUACUGCUCAAUGCAAUCUAGACGAUCUUACAUUGUAUCAAAGAAAACUCUUGAAAACUAAAGAUUUUGGUCAGUAUAUUAUGAUCUUAUUGAAUGAGGAUACAUGAAUUCAAAAGGUUUCAUAGAAAGAGAUGUUAUUUUAUACGAAACCAAUUAUCUAAGUUGUUCUACUUCCUAAAAGACAAUUUUCUGAAACGAAUGAUGAAAAAAACUCGAAGGAAUAAUCUGAAUUAUUUAUUCAAAACAAAUAAUAUAAAAUUUGAUUCAGAUCAUUACACUUUAGUAGUAAAAUAGUUGCUGUACUCAGGAAAGAAAAGACUGAUUCUUGUUUUUAUUAUCUUUUAUCAUCUACCUCAUAUUACUAGUAAAGUAUUCAGAUUGUUAGUGAAUGAAUAAAAAUAAUAAGUUUGUAUACCUCGACAAUACAUAACCUAAUUUAUUGUCAAUACUUUUUAUGAACUUUUAUUAACUCUUAUUCCAUAUCUUGUUCGUUUGACUUACUAUGUAAAACAAAAGACGACAAAUAAUUGUGAUAAAAUAAAAUAUUUCAUGGGUGUUGUAUAAAACUUUGAUUUGAAUUCAUUCUAGUUAUUCGAUCAACAGGAGAACAAGUAUGGUUAUUGUUACCUUUUUUUAAAUUUUAAUUUACUUAAUGUUAAUGAUAUGUAGCUAUGAAUGAAACUAAACAAAACAAUAGAAUGUUUUACAACAUACUUUCAUUACAUUGAAAAAAAGGUGUUUAAUCGUGGAAAAUAACACUUUCGUUAACAUUAAUGAGUUCCCUUUGUUAUAGUAAUUUGUGAAUAUCACUAUCAUAGUCUAUUUGGAUGAAUGCAUUUUAAAAGAAAAUUUAUAUAUACGGAAACUUUAUAUGGUUGGUAAUUGUAAUGAUAAGUUCUCAACAGAAUACUAAUUGUUAUGCAUAAUCAUUUACAAAAUGAUUUCAAUUUGGUCAACAACAAAAAACAAACAAACAAACUCUGUAUCUGACACUAUACAAGUUGUUUAUUAUUUAUUCAAUGAGAUAGUUAUAAAUGUUUUCUUAACCAAAAUAUUAUUUCAUGUAUUCCAUGUUGAAAGCACAAUAACUUUAAAAGACAUUUUCUUUUCUCUCUUUAAAUUCAAGUAUAUUUUCGUUUCCAAAAAGAAAAAGAAACAAAAAACAAAUCUCCACUUUUUAAAAUUCCUACCCAUCUAUAUUUUUGGCUAAAUAAAUUUUAUUAUUAUUAAAUAAAGGUUCAACAUGAUUAAUAAGAGAGAUAUUAAAGAUUCCCAUUGUGAAAAUUAGAACAACAUAUGUAAGUGAACAAUUGUUUUCAAAUAGAUCAUCAUCAGGCUUUACUCUAAUAUAUAUGAAUAUUUAUACGAAAAUGUUAAACCAAUCAAAACAAUUUAAGUCAACAAUCACAAUGAAAUAGAAUAUAUCACCGCAAAUAAUUGGUAAAAGUAUAAGUUGAUAGUAGGAAGAUAGGUGUACUGAUAAUAGUAAGAAUAAUAAAAUACAAUAACAAAAGUCAUAUCAAUAGUUAAACAUCUAAUUGAUAGCGGUCACACUGUAGACAAAUCGAAGUCAUUUAGAGUGAGCUUCGCAUAACUCCAUCAUUUCCCGGUGGAUUUCGUUCCCCUCUCUUAAAUAUAGCUGAAGCCAUAGGAAUUCGCACAUUUAACCCCAAUUUAUGUGUACGGAGGAAAUUCGUGAUCCUUCUAUCCCUUUAAUGGCCGGAUAUAACUAAUGACAAUUGUUUUUAUAAAUUUUGUUUUAUUUUUUUGUCAUUAGCAUUAUUUUCACACCCGUAUUUGUUUGCAAUUUUCCGCCUUUUUCCGUUUGUAUUCUUCACUAUUUAAUUAUUUACACACUUCAUAUUACGUAAUGGUUUCAAUGUUUUGUGAUGAUUAUUCUAAGUUUAUUCACUCACGUUUGAUCUUGUAUUUCCAAUGUUUAACUAUUGAUAUGACUUUUGUUAUUGUAUUUUAUUAUUCUUACUAUUAUCAGUACACCUAUCUUCCUACUAUCAACUUAUACUUUUACCAAUUAUUUGCGGUGAUAUAUUCUAUUUCAUUGUGAUUGUUGACUUAAAUUGUUUUGAUUGGUUUAACAUUUUCGUAUAAAUAUUCAUAUAUAUUAGAGUAAAGCCUGAUGGAACUCGGCUUUCAUCAUGAGGCGUCAUAACUCUUCUAAACAAACCAGAUCCCAGCAGAGGAGGGAAUCAGGAAGAAGCGCUCGAAUUGGAUAGGACACACAUUGAGGAAAGCACCCAACUGCGUCACAAGACAAGCCCUCACAUGGAAACAUCAAGGCCAAAGGAAAAGAGAAAUACCAAAGGACACAAUACGCCGCGAAAUAGAGAUAGACAUGAGUAAAAUAAACAAGAAUUGGAUAGAACUAGAAAGGAAGGCCCAGGAUAUAGUGGGUUGGAGAAUGCUGGUCAGUGGCCUAUGCUUCAUUGGGAGUCACAGUCGUAAGUAAGUAAGUAAGUAAAGCCUGAUAAUAAUCUAAUUGAAAACAAUCGUUUAUUUUAAAAAAAAAUAUGACUAUUUUUUAAUGUUUACUCUAACUUAUGCAUAAAAGAAAAUAUUGUGAUAAAAAGAAAACUUUCAUUUAAAUCUCAGUAAAACAAGGAAAUUUAUUUAUAAAGACGAAAAGACUCAUUGAAAAAAAGCAUUUCUCGCCUACAUUUUUAAUUUUUGACUUUAAUUCUUAUUUGUAUUGUAGAUAUAAAUAGAUUUCAACAAGAUGCUACAUAGAAAUGUAUAGAUAAGUACACCAGUCAACCAAAACACUUGGUAUCUGCAAGUUAGAGUUUUGUUAUACAAUUAAUGACAAAAGAUUUACUAAUUAGAAUAUAAAUGGCCGAUAUACUAAAUUCAUGUCAGUCUCUAUUUUUGGAAAAAUCAAAUGUUUUGAAUAAACAUACAACUUGCAUUUUCAGUAAGCUACUAUCUGUGAUGGUGAUUGCCUUAGACUUCGAUCGAACUAAAUCGAUUACUUCUGUCGUUUAGUGUAAAUUAAUCCUUCACCAUCGAGAAUUUCGCUAAAGUAUGAAGCUCUAAUAUGUAGAGUUUCCACUGAUCACAAAUUAUAAUUAUCAUUGAUCUAACCAUAUUCAAAUGAGGAUGAAACGGUUCAAUUUUUUUCAGUUUGAAUGGAUGAUCUCGGAUUACAACAACUGUUAUUCAAAUAAGAGCUCACUUCUGUGUGAGAUGAUUAAUCUUAAUAAACAUUUUAUCGAAUCAAGCUUCUCUGACUGGUCACAAUUAUUUGACAAGAAACUGUUACUCUACACAAAUUACGCCAUGGCUUCAAAAUGAAUCAAUUUAGUUUAAAAAGCGGAAUUUAGAUGAUAAUGAAUGACUGUUUUACAAAACCUCAUUAAUACAGGCUAUCGAAUGACGGUUAUUAAAAAAAAGCCACAUUACAUCAUACUACAAGUUCUACUGUACUAUCUUUGAAAUUCAUCAGGUUGCUCAAAGUCAUUUAUUAAGAUUGUUACUUUUAAAACGCUUGAAAUAAUUUGUGGAAUCAGUAUCUAAACCCUAGUAUCACAUUUCAUGAUAAUUUGGUGCGCAACCUGGUAUAAAACUUUCCUUAAAAUCGAAAUCUAUGUCUGUAACGAGUAACUGAUUAGCAGUAGCUUUUAAUUUAUAAAUGAAAUGUUAUUGCUAAUAGGAUUGAAACACAAGAUCCUCCAUUUUAGUUACUGUAAAGUCAUUCUCAAGCUAUGGUACAUAAACUGCCGCAGUUCCGUUGUCAUAAAGAUUAACUUUUUAAAACAAAUUGAGUAAACAUAACAAAAAUUUCGCAGAAUCUGUUAAGGUAAUAUAUCCUGUACAGGAUGAAGUAUCACGCUCUUCAAAAAACAGCUGUAAAAUCAGAACACGGAAAACAGGAAAUUAGUACAUGUGUUCGUACCGGCAAUAAACAACAAAGAAUAAAAAAAUUUAAAAAUUUUUUGAAAAUGAAUGUUUUGGAAACAAACAACAAAAACGAUUGUAUUCAAAAUACUUCAUAAUCGGUAAAACGGUACAGGCUUGUCAAAGAGUCUUAUCUAUUUAGGUGAAUCAGUGACAAAAAUUCAUUGGAAACAUAAGUCUCAAUUUCAGUGUACUUAUAUGUUGUUGAAGUCCAGGAAACAAUUCAAAAAUUAAAAAUAGUAUAACGUUUAUCAUAAGUUCACAUUUGUUUAGUAGAUCUAUUGAAUGUUUUGAUACAUUUGCGUUUGCUCAACAUUAGUGAUUUAGCGUAAGUUUGAUUUGGCAACGAUAAAAUACAUAAUCAUGAGUACUUUAACAAUCUACAGUUGAUGUGCUCGUGUCGAAGUAUCGAUUUUCUGUCAAUUUUGAAAUAAUAUUUGUGUUAAUUUGAUGAAUAGAAAUAUAAAUGCGAUGGAAUCCUAUAUAUAUAGAAAAUGCUUGAAGUGGAUAAGUAAUUCUGUUGACUGUGACUUUUCAAAUAUUAUGUAUCAUGACACUAAAAAAUCAUUUAUACGUAUUGGUUGUUUUAAUCUUUUCGCUAAUAUUUAUGACUGCAAUUAUUCAGUCUCUUCUGGUACAUGUCCAUUAAGUGAGGAUUGCCUCCAUAUUGUCGCUAGGUUACAAGCAACGUUAAGCAAAGAUAAAUUAAAAUUAACCCCUCGUUACCAACCAGUAGCUAUCUGGACUUGACAGCUAAGUAGCUAAUGGGUGGUAUUUGAAACGAACGGUAGUGAUCUCGGAUCUCGGGAUGAAUGUCGUCUCUUGGUUCGAAGUGCAUCCAGCUAACGAGUCCCACAUGGAACAAAAUGUGUUUUCUGAAUUCCAGUGCUAGCUACCAUGCAUGUCCGCUUAAAUGACUAUUUUUCAUUCAAAAACAAAUGAUUAUCUUUUUGAAAGGAUACAUUUUUCAUUCAUAGUUAUUUCGUUUUCAUUCUUGAUUAUAUCUCCUACAUUUUGCAUAAUUUGCCUUCAACUGACUAUCAUUAGGUUGUUCAUUAUUAAGAAUUAAAGAACUACUUUGAAAAAAUUCUCAUAGCAACAAUUUUGAUUAAAUUCUCCAUAAAUUGUUGUACUAUAAUCUCAAGAAUAAACGGGUAAGUUGUUUGCUGACUGUUGAGUGUUAAUCAUUUUAUUUAUUGAAUAUAAUUACUCGUUUUUUUUCGUAGAAAAUAAAGUGUAUCUAAAAUUAUUAAUAAACAAAGUUGAUUAUUCUAUUUAAUCCAAAUAUACCAGCUAAACUAAUUGAAAUACACAUCAAUCAACAUACACUCCUUUCAGUUUUUCUAAUAUGAAAAAACAACAUAUCAAUUUGACAACUAUAAUGACCAAUGUUAGAUUAAUAAUAUCAAGAGAAAAAGAUUAUAAUGCAGUGAUUUGACGAUUGUUUAAGAAAUACAAUCUACAAUGUUUAUAUCAUUAAACUACCAACAGAAGUAAUAAAGUAUGAACAUCACUUCCUGUUAAUGAAACAUAUUAGGAAACAACUUAACAAACAGUAUAACUUUCUUCUGUAUGACAUAGAUAUUCAAUAUAUAAUAGUCAUAUGAGAGCUUAUUUUGUCGCUUAAAUUUUGCUUUCAAUGUCUCAUUAAUUAUCGAGUUUCAUACGAAAAAAUCAAGACAUAUCAAUUCAAGUUUAAUCAUAUCAAUCAAAAAUCAGAAGUAUAGAAAACUAUUUGAAAAUGAAAUACAAGUUUCAUGACUAAGUUUUUCCAAUGUUUUUUUCUUUGUUAGUCAUUCAAUUGUAUCUUAUGUUCUGAACACUGCUUGAUGUCAAUGAAAUACAUCUAGUUAGCAAUGAAAUUGCAAUUCGUUUAGAAAUUGAUACGCACCAUAAUAAAGAUAUCAACACUGUGGUUCAAGAGUAUCUGGGUGCAGGGUAUUAAAAAAAGACAAUCACAUCUACAACUAGCCGUUAUUCUAAAUAUAUUCAAUAGGCUAGUGUGUGACUAAUCGAGAAAUAGAAUCAAAAGAAACUGUUAGUUUACAUUUCUUAGUGUUGAUAUUCGAUAAACAUCAAUUUAUGUAUAUAAUGAAUACUUUUUGCUGUUUAUUGAAAAUUAAAAAAUUUUAGAAGUGUGUUGUUGUCUAAACGUGUAUGAUUUGAAUAUUACUACUAUAAAUAAUAGAUUAUUGAUUUUUUUAUUGUCGUAUAAUGUUCUCAGUAGACAUCGAUCAUUUGUUUCACAAAUGAGAACUUAUUCACUAACACUAUAAAUCAUGAUGUUGAAAAACACAAAAAGUUACAUGACACUUAUGUAUACUUGACAGUUUAUUGAAGAUAAUUCAGAGGCCAUUGAAUUUCUGAAGUCAUUAUGACUGAAUAAUACAUAUAUAUCUAUUUCAUUACAAUUCUUACCAUUCAAACUUCUCCUAGAUAAACGUUUACAGUUAUUAUCUCGGUUAAAAACAUUGAUCUUGAUCUUUUGCAUACCCUUCUAGUGAAACAUACAUAUUUGAGUCAACUUAUGAUUGCUAUCACUCUAGAAUACUGUUGUGCAACAUUUCAAUAAUGAAACAGACAAUACUCAUAGACUUUAUCUUCAUCCGAUAUUUAACCUCUACGUCGCAUACCUAUUUCUUAUGCUUAUUAAUAAUUACAAUUAUAAUGAAUGUCAUACCAAACUAGAUUAUUCUAAGGAGACUUUAUGCCUCCUGCAUAUUAAUUGAUAUGAAUUCAAUAAAUAAUCAUAUUUAUUUAAAUUAACAUUGACUUAUUAGUUAAGUUUUCAUUUAGUUAGUACUUCAUAAUCAUUGAAUUUCAGUGAUCAGGUAGAUAUAAUGAAUGAUAGAAUAGUUUACUACCUGCCAUUGUUUUCAAGUUUAUAAAUUAAAGAAAUCAUCAAUUCAUUAUAUCGUCAAGAUGAUUGCAAUUAUAGUGUUUACAGUUGACUUUGAACUUUUAAAGUAUAGAAAUUUAUCUAUGGAGUAUAAAAGGAGAUUAUUAAGUCAUGAAAAACUAAUAGAAAAACUUGUUACACUAAAUAAACUACGUUAUGAAUAUAUAUACUCAUUACCCAGAAUCACAGCCUGUUUUUCAAAACAGAUCGAUGUUUUAAAUACCUUUUUUUGUUCAUUUCAUAUGCUAUUUCAGUCUACCUGUAUACAUUCAUUGAUUCGUUCAGACCUGUUUUUUAUUUGAUCACAUAAUAUAUGUGUUGUUCUGUUGUACUAUUGAAACUUGGAUUCAUUUUGAUUUGGUUAUUUAUUCUCUGAAGAAGUGACUUACACUAAGUCACGAAACAUCAGAAAAUCCAAUUUUUCUACUCAUUAGCAUAUUACAAAUAUAUUAAUUUAUUUAUCAUUGUAAAUCAUGGUAAAUUCUUUACCAAAUUCUAUCAAAUGAAUUUUGUGAUUUUAAACAAGAUUAUCAUUAUUAUUAUUAUUAUUAAAAUAGAAUUGCAAAUAUACUUCAAAUUGUAUUAAGCAUUAAACAUUUAACCACAAAUAUGCAUAAACAUAUGAUAAUCAUUUAUUCAUUUAUUUUAAACAAUCUUUAGACAACUUUGAUAAUUUAAUAAACAAAAAUAGUAACUAAGAUAAAUUUAUGUAAUUCAUGUCAAUAACUUUGAUAAAUUUCAUUCCAAAAAAACAAUUUCGUUUUAUCGACAGUACUGUCGUGAACAGAACACGGGUGGGGACAACCGAAUGUAUUUAACACAAAAUUACAGAGCUUGUUAAUAAAAUCUAACAAUCAAAUAGUAAAUACGUAAGUUCCAAAAUUUCCAUCAAUUGUCUCAUAAUGACUGAGAAUUCACUGUUCUUGCAUUUUCAUACAAAUCGCAUUCUGUUUCAAUUCUCUACUUUUCCAUCCUCUUAUCUCUCUGCUGCCAGACCUUCUGUUCACGACUAACAUCAUAUACUACUUAUGUCAAUUUAAGUGGCACACACCACAAUACUACUUACAAAAUUAUAAUGUCAAAUUUGAUUAAAUGAAUGACAUUUAUUGACAGUUAAUGUAUAAUGUAAAUAAUUAACGAAUAAAAUAGUAUACCAUGGUUUUGUUUAUUUCGUUUUCUUAUUUUCUAGUUUAAUCAUCUAUUAAAACAUUCAUUAACAUUUAAGACAGUAAUAUAAUUAUUUUAAACAAAAAAAUAAAUAAAUAAACAUUCUAAAGGUAACAGUUAACGUUUUUGGUUUACAAGUAUAAAUUUUGUACAACUAUAACUUACUAAUUUUAUGAUAGUAAACAACUCAAUCAUUUUAAACAAUAUUAUUGAUUUAUAAGCAAAGAUGAAUAGUGGAUAACAGCGGAAUCUAGGAUGCACGUUAUGCACAGUAUGCAUAUACGCCAAUAAUUGCAGUCCUAAAUAUCAAUGAGAAGAUUGAAGUAAAACUAUACUAAGUGAAUUUAAAUUUCACCCGAUCGCACAAGCCAGUGACUAUCAAGACUCAGUAGGUAAGUGGAUAAAGCGAUGGCGUUUGAAGUGAACGGUAGUGGGUUUGAGCCCCAAAUUGGAUGGAACGAGCGUCCUGGAUUCCACUGCUAGCCACUAUCCAUGUUUGCCUAUAAGGCUUGUAAAUUAAGGCAAUAUCGAGGCAAUACACGCAGUAUGUACAUAUGUCAAUAAGAGACUGAUCAGUUGUAUUCCUAAACACCAAUGGGAAGAUUCAAGUAAAACAAUGCCAAGUGAAUUAAUAUUAUUCAUUUGUUUUGAAGUAAUUGUAUUUCACUUAUUAUUUUUCUUAUUAUUUGUUGCUGUAAUAUAUGGAAAAAUAUGAUUAAUGAUCUCUUUUUACGAUUAAAGAAAUCUAAGAACAUGAAUGAAGAAUGGAAUAGUAAAUACUUGGGAAGAACGUUUCAGUUGGUCAGAUGAAGGUUUUUAUGCAGUACCAACAAUAUAUUUAUGAAAACAACCAGACAGUUGAACUUUAGCAUCCAAGUUGUAGAGUAAAUAACAUUUAAAAAUUGUCAAUGUCUUAAUUUUUUUUACUACUUCAAAAUUAUAACAUGUUCAUGUCCU